GAAAGACAGAAUAGAAAUAGAGCACUUCAUGUGGUGGUAGAAGAAUUAAUGAUGGCAGGAAAUCCUGGUAGCUGGUGGAGCAUGAUUAGUAAUAAUAAUAAUAAUAAUAAUAAUAAUAGCAUUCCAACUUCCUUCUAUCCAGUCUUUUCCAAUUCUCAACAACAUCUAGUUGAAUCUUCCAUGGUUGAUACUCAAGAGUUCCCACAAUCAUGGAGCCAGCUUCUAAUGGGGGUUUUGGCCAGCGAUGAAGAUAAGAAUUCACCGAAGAGUUUUGACAAUUUUGAGUACGAAAGCUUGGGCGAAUGUUUAAGGGGUCAUGCUGGUGAUGUAAAGCAAGAGGAGACGGUAGCUCAAGAAUUCCGAUCUAGUUCUUGUUCUAGUUCAAGUUCUACAACACUUCCUUCUUCUUGGUCUCAAAUGGUCAAUAACAAUAUCCCAACUUGGCCUUUGAUUACUUCUUGCGUCACAAGUUCAAAAACAAAUCUACAUGAUUUCCCAAACACAAAAUCCGAAUUGAGGAUUCCUUCCUCGGAACUAAUUAAGUCAACAUCCGAGCAUUGUGACAGCAUAACUAAUGGUGGAGCUCCUAAGAAAGCCAAGGUACAAUCUUCAAACCAACCGUCGCUAAAGAUCAGAAAGGAGAAACUAGGGGACAGGAUAAAUGCCCUUCACCAAAUUGUUUCUCCCUUUGGAAAGACUGACACAGCUUCAGUCCUUACUGAGGCCAUUGGGUACAUCAGAUUUUUGCAUAGUCAGAUUGAGGCUCUUAGUUCCCCAUAUCUCAGAAAUCAACAACAUUCGAUUGAAGGACACAUCGGGCAUUGUGUAAUUCCUGAGGACUCUGGUCAGGUAAGCUUUAUUGGAUCCAUCCACCCUUAA